AAUAAUAAUUACUUUGACAUGCGCAUUUCUACUCGAGGGGCUAAUUUCCCCCAUCCUGGAGAAUUUCUAAAGGAGAGGGACUAAAUAGUCUUACUAUUCGCCCCUGAUGGUUGUAGGUUACCAUGUCGCGGCGCAAGCAAUCCAAACCACAACAUAUCAAUUCAGACGAGCCCGCUUCGACAGAAAAUGGGAUCUUGCACAGUGGUCAAAGUGAGGAGGAUGGCAAUGAGGCUAAGAGGCGACGAUCAGAGGAGACGAGGGUGUGUGACAAAUGUUGCGCUGAGUUCUUCGAUGAGGCUGAGUUUCUGGAACAUGAGAGGAAUUGCACCAAGAGUCAGCAGGUACUGAUCAUGAAAGAUGGCGACGGGAAUGAAGUGCCCUCUGAGUUCUCCCAACAUUCUCCGGGUGAUUUCCUGGGUGAUCAGUCUGCCAGUAAUUUGCAUUCAAAACACAGCACAGAGUCUGAGGAAAUGAUGGAAGGAGAGCUUAUGCUGAACCAGGAUGACCCCUCAAAUCACGAUCAAGAUGUGUCUGGCAGUCCAGACAUGGGGUACUCGGCAUCUUCCAAAAUGCAAGACUCUAACGUGACUCUUGAGUCCAUGGCUGCUACCAAAGUCGCUGUAACACAACACUCGUCCAAUUCAUCCAGUCAGAAGUCUCCACCCCCGCAACCACACCAAGACACCCUUCUUGCAAUCCCCAUGAUCUUGGAACAACUGGUCAGUCUCCAGCAGCAGCAACUGCAGCAGAUUCAGCUAACUGAGCAGAUCCGCAUCCAAGUGGCCAUGAUGGCACCUCAGAGUCUCCACUCGGCAAUGGGCGCCGCUGUGGAUCCACUGAAAGCACUGGGUGCACAUUUAUCACAGCAGCUCUCAGCUGCAGCUGCCCUCAUUGGCAAACGGACGGGCUCCCAGAACUUGUCCUUGGAAGCCUUGAAACAAGCAAAACUACCUCAAUCCGUCACCAUCCCCACAUCCCUCGCUGGAGGUUUGGGCUCAAUGCCCUUAAAAGCCGACAUUAAAGGACUCCCUGAUUUAGCUAGCCGACUUCCAGCCCUGCUUCCGCAAUCUCCUGGGGUUAUGGGAUUACAGAGUCCCUUUAAUACCCUUGCAGCAAGCUUGGAUCCCUCUAAAAAGGCAAAAAAUAAGGUCCCUGUGAUGCCUGAGUCAAAAAAUGGCUCUGGCGAACACAUGCUCAAACACAAAUGCAAGUUCUGUGGGAAGACAUUUGGAAAUGACAGCGCUCUACAAAUCCACUUGCGCUCGCACACUGGCGAAAGGCCCUAUAAAUGUAACAUCUGUGGAAACCGUUUCACAACUAAAGGAAACCUCAAAGUGCAUUUCCAGAGGCACAAAGAAAAAUACCCACACAUUAAGAUGAAUCCACAUCCUGUACCAGAACACCUGGACAAUAUGCCUACAAACAAUGGCAUCCCUUAUGGCAUGUCUUUGCCCCCCAUGGAGGAAAAUAAUUUUGGUGACACCAAACCAGUGCUGGGGCUUCCUUCGGCAGGUCUCCAUCCACCAGUGCUCCAAGCAUUCAAGCCCUCAUUUGAUAUUCCGGUAGGUGGGGACAUCUACUCCCAGAGGCCUUCUUCUUCUGGCAGUGACGGUGCAUCCAUUACUUCCAGCAUGUUCGGUCAGGAGAUGGCGGGACUGGAUCAGAGCAAAGAUUCCUCGGAUGCACUGGCUGGAUUGCAACACAUAAGUGGUAAUGGUCUACCUGGUGAAAAUGGCUCUGGUACUGCAAAACUUCAGCAAAUGGUGGAUGGCUUGGAGAAGAGGACAAAUGACCCCAAUGAAUGUGUUAUUUGCCACCGAGUGCUAAGCUGCCAAAGUUCCCUCAAAAUGCAUUACCGCACACACACUGGUGAGCGACCAUACAAAUGCAAAAUCUGUGGCAGGGCUUUCUCCACCAAGGGCAACCUUAAAGCUCAUUAUGGCGUUCACAGGGCCAACACUCCUCUUAAAAUGCAACACUCUUGCCCAAUUUGUCAUAAGAAGUUCACCAAUGCAGUCGUCCUCCAGCAGCAUAUUCGUAUGCACAUGGGCGGCCAGAUUCCCAACACCCCUCUGCCAGAGAAUCAGUUUGAAGGUCCUGAAGCACUGGAUGCUAGCAUGACCGAGGAUAAGAACAUUGACUCCACUGGGCAUGAAGAGAGUAUGGAAGAACAAGACUUUGAUUUGGACAAUCAGGAGAAGCUGAACAACUCUACAGAGCCCCAGCCUAACACCAAAGAAGAUCAGGCUUUCCAAGGUCCACCAUCUGUGUUUACAGGCAUCGCUGCCCUGGAGAACCACAUGAAGAGCCUCACCUCUGCACUGAACCUUCAACGGCAAAGCAGCACUGCUUCAGAGAGCGACAGCGGGCUGAAAGAUUCCCCUUCAGGGUCUGGGGAAAUGGAUUACAAGAAUGGCCGUAGUCCGGCUGUGUCAGAUUCUGUGUCCUUUCACUCUUCGUCCCCUAUAGACGGUCCCUUGAGUAAUGGUCAAUCAAAAUCCCCAGAAUACACAAACCCAGACGAUGGUGUUAAAUCCAGACCAGACUCUGAUGCACCUCAAGACUUUAGUGAAAACAAUGGAGCACUGGACUUGACAUCAAGUUUUGCUCCAAAACCCAUCAAAGAGGAGCCAGGCUUGUCCUUCUCCAAUGGCGACUAUGGUUCUAGUCAGUUACCGUUCAUGAGGGUGCCUCCAAGUCUGGUCAAACUGGAGAUGCAGAUCCCUCCCGAGACUCCCAUGGGUGCCCACAGCCUGUACAGCUCCCAGCUGCCUCAAGGAGCUGCUACUCCUCCUGCUACUUCUAGUGCUCCUCGUCGGUCCACUAAGCAACAUCUCUGCAACAUGUGUGGGAAAAACUUUUCAUCUGCCAGCGCCCUGCAAAUCCAUGAACGUACACACACGGGCGAGAAGCCUUUCGCUUGCACGAUUUGUGGCAGGGCUUUCACAACAAAGGGAAAUCUUAAGGUGCAUGUUGGGACGCACAUGUGGAAUAAUACAGCAAGGCGAGGUCAGCGCCUCUCAUUGGAUAACCCAAUGGCUUUGAUGGCAAUGGGCGCAGAGUCCAAGAUGAUCCCAGACAUGCUGCCACCCCCAAAGGAUUUGAUUCCCCCACCAAUUAACUUCGACCCAUCAAUGUGGAACCAGUACGCUGCUGCCUUCACAAAUGGGCUGACCAUGAAGACCAAUGAGAUUUCAGUCAUCCAAAAUGGCGGCAUCCCUCUCCCAGGAAGUCUCGCUGGAGGUCCUUUAGUGGGCUCUACUGGGGGAAUAACCAAGAUGGAGUCCUCUCAGACAGGCAUCCCUGGCACAGUUGCAGAAAUGGAAAAGAAUGGCUCUGAAAGCAUAGCAAAGUUUCCACAUUUUAUGGAGGAGGGUAAAGUGAAUUAGAAAGUGAAAGGACUACAGGAAAAUGUUCCCAAUUGACAGUCUGCAUUGUGCUGAUUGGCUUAUAAGCCUGCUGAAAUGUUAGGAACUGGGCUAUUUAUUAAUUCAGUCCUUAGUUGGUACAAUCAAUUCAUGUAAGAUUGCUUUUAAGAAGUUGCAAAUUUACAUACCCUUGUUAAGUGAGCCUAUACCCUAAAAUGGGCCAUGCCUUCCUUUUUGGACCCCUACAUGCUAGCGAUUACUUCUAAUUGAAUCUGAUCUAACUACUGUAGUGUUGUUGUUGUUUUUUUGUUUUUGUUUUUUUUUUCUCUCUCUAAUAUAUGCGGGUAUUUUGUCAGUUUUGUUUCUAGAAGUUGAAUGUAAGUCUUACUUGAAAUAGCUUUAUUCCAGAGCAGUCUCAUUAGUGAUAGGACACUCUUGAGUUGCAUUGGGCUCAGCUCUAUGACCCUCAGGAGGAUCUCAGCCACAGGUGACCCGAGAUCUCGAUGUUUUAACAGUUAACAUCUUGUUCAUCUCUGCUUGACUUCUCAUGGUCCUGUUCUUAGUUGCGUUCGAUUUAAGUUCAUUAGUCACAAAAUGACAUCCAUGGCAUAGAUGCCAUACAGCAAAGGUGUUUGUGGAAUAUGUGCCUAGAAAAAUUGAAUUAAUUGACCAUUCCACACAAUCUACUGAAUCUGCAGUUUCAUUAAUGGACAUAGUGAGUAGUUAUAGUAUAGAUGUUUGUAUUGAAACUGGAUUUCACUAAGUUAUUAUAAAUUUUUGACUCUCAAUAUAGUUUCUAUCUGCGCUUAAUACCAAAAAUUAUUUCGCUAAGUGCCUGUCUUGGAGUUUUCUUUUCUUCUCUCCAUCGUCUGUACUUUUCCCCCCUCACAAAAGACACCACAGGAUUGUAAUAAAGGCCUUUUGGAUUUCCACUUUUAUUCAGACCAAAAUGUGCUAUAUUUUUGCAUUUAGCUGUAGCUUUUUCAAGAAGUUAUUUUGAAAGUUAUUUAAUUGGAGAACUGUUUUGCUUUCAGUAGUCCUUAUCAAAUAUUGGAUUGAGUCGCUUUCAUUUGAGACCUUUGAUAGGAGUUCAUGAGGCCGGUAUAAUACUGAAAUGCCUAAUCAUUCCUUGCACUUUAUUUUUCCUCAUUCUGCUAAGAUCUGAUAUAAACCAAGCUUAUGCCAUUUAUUCUGUGAACUUCUUGUUUCUAGGACUCCUCAUUCAGAGAUCAUUUGCUUGCUUGCUGCCGUUUUAGGAUCCACUGAGUUUUAGAAUUCUGUAAAUUUGCCAUUUACCAUGCAUUUUAUACCUAUGUGCUAAGCAGGCAUGCAUAUCUUGUCCCAAAAGGAGUCAGCAGUCAUUCUUAUUCCAGGAAAGUCAUGGUUUACUACCCAAAUGUGUAUUGAUUGUUGUGGGGACAUGUUUUGAGAUCGUAGCCAUGCGUUCUUGAGUGAAAGGAAUGAACUUUGUGUAGCCACACAGAGUUUCUAAACCAUACAAACUUUAUGCUGAUCAAAUUUCUACCUCAUUUAGAUGUCUGUCCCUUUUUUUUUUUUUUUUUUUUUUUUUUUUUUUUUUUGCAUUGUGUUUGGAGUUAUGGUUGCAUUGUGCCCCCAUAACCUGCUGAUUUCUGUAAUAUAUUGAAUGUAUCGCCAGACACUUUGCACAACACUUGUUCAGAAUAGACAGACUCCUCCUGUAAAUUCUCUUUCUAAUAUGCAUUUACCAAGUUGUGCCUUUUUUCCUAGAUGUAAAAAAGGUGGUGUCAGAUCUUGGUUAAAUGGGGUCAUGUCUGUAUGAUUGUUCAAAUGUUGAGUCUGUUUUAGGCUUGUUUACAGUGUAGACUUUUGUAAAUGUUUGCUUUUUGUUUGUUCCCCUUCCGUUCUGAUAUUUUGAGAAUAAAACCAAGGAUGACUUUUCCAAAA